AUGGACACGAGGUUCCACUGCGUGUACCUCCUCACGAGUCUAGACCCGCAGUGCGCGGGGGAGUACUACAUUGGGUACACCGUCGAUCCCAUUCGACGUCUUCGGCAACACAACGGGGAAAUUGUGAGUGGUGCUUGGCGCACAAAACGUCGUGGGCGUCCGUGGGAGCUGCUCUGUUGCGUCUCAGGCUUUGGAGAGGACCGCAUCGCUCUCAAAUUUGAGUGGUGUUGGCAGCACCCAACGAAGUCCACCCGCCUGAAGACGCAGAUGACACAAUUGCGUGGCGUACACCGUCUUCCGUAUGCGGUAGGUGUCCUGCACCUUUUGUUACGUGCCGACCUUUUUGCACGGCUGCAGUUGACGUUACAUAUUUUUGAACCGGAACACGUUGGGCGGGUGGUGGCGGAGCUGCAAGGACGUGUCCCGUCAAUUCCUCCAUUGGUCGCAACGUCUUUACUGCGUAUAGAGGAGAUUACGAAGGAGCGUUUUAUGAGUCUUUACCUCGACGGGGUGUCAGGAGGAGAUGGUACCGCAGGGGAUGGCUGCGUCUACUUCGUGACGGCACCGCUCAGCAGCCAGCCUGAAGCGGACGCCCCCAGCCGACGUGUGCGGAGUUGCAGGUAUUUGUCUGAGGAGGAUAUUUUCCGGCAACACGCCAGAGUGAAGGAGUUACUGGAAGCAAAUCAAUGCCCAUGCGCCUUAUGUUCCCUGCCACUUCGAUCGCCCUAUUUUGUACGGUGUUCUCGCACCCCGUUCUGUACUCUGCGUGCUCACUUGGCGUGUCUCGCUAUGUGGUUCACAUACGAAACGAUGCAGAAACGAGAUGCGACGAUGGGGCAGUCAACCAGAAAUGAGCGCAGCGGUGAAUACAGUAACAAAAUAAAGGAUGAUAGCAAUGAUGGGACUAUGGACGCUCAUGCAUCCGGGCGGCAGCUUCAUUCACUUUCUGUGAACAAUGCAGACUUCUCUUCGUCGAGGGAUGCCGGCUCAAUUCUUGAUUCCAGUGGCCAUAUUUCUGCAUUUGAAGAGAGUCGCUGUGCGUCUUCUCCAUCGUUGACACUUUUGCCCUCCCAGCCGUGUCCAUGCCCUUUAUGUGAUGAGCCGCUGCAAUGGGGGGCGUUGGUGCAUGACUUGAAGCGUCGGGCGGUGCUGGAGAAACGUUGGAUGGAGCGUCAGCGGCGAGAGAAGAUAGAGGCGGCGUUAGCGGAGCGGCUACAACGCCUGCAGAACAGCAGCCUGACGGAACGGAAGUCUCGGAGGAAGGCAAAGCCGGCUUUGGGGCAGAAACGAAAUCGCGGGGAGUAUUGUGGUGACACCGUUGGCGAUGGAGGAAAAGAGGCGAUAACAAAUUGGCGGGCCCGCGUGAUGGACGGGUGUGAUUCCUGGAACGAUACAAACGACUUCUCCCAUUCGGUUUCUCUACCGCCUUCUGGGGAUGAGGGGUACGCGUGUGACAGCAGCCGUCGUGGGGUGGGUGGCAGUAAACAUACGACCCGAAUGACGGACGAGGGGAAAAAUGACUCCAUCACGGAUAUAUGCGACUGCGUGUUGCAGCUGACAGAGUUUAACCUCGAUGAAUGGUUAGAUGCAUAA